UUUCUCUCCUCUCUCUUCAGCCGACGGCGACCUGGUGGAGGAGGAAAGGGCAUGGCGGCGCCGCCGCGGGACCCCUCGCCGGCGCGCGUGCUCGCCCGCGGCCGAGCACGCCGUCGUCGAGCGGCCGUGCGGGCGGUGCCCUAAAACCCGCCACGCGCAGUGAGCUCCCCCCGUGCGGGAGGUGCCCUGAAUCCCAGUGAGCUCCCCCGCCGGCGGCGGGCUAAGAAGGCCGGCAAAGAGUCACAGGGCACACUAUCGCAAUGGAGACGACGAUCUUGAAUGGGGGCCACCACCACCAAACUCACAAGCAAGGACACCAGAAGAGGAUGCUGGAGCUGGACAACAGAGGAAGCGACAACGUUUUUGGUACUUGAUAGGGUGUGUUUAUCGUUGUUUGGCCAUGCUUUUCUGCUUGGUCUCUCUUUUAUAUUUGGAUUUGGAGAAGAGACGUGUGGGCAUCACGAAGAAGGCAACUCCAGAAAGUGGUUAAAGUGGGGGGUGAUGAAUCUAAUUUUUCCAUCGCUUGUGUUUAUUGCGAUGGCUGUCGUACAGAAGUUCCUCAUCGACCUAGACGACAUACCAGCGCACAGAGUGGAGUGGUGCAAAAUAGUAAAUCUGGCAACAAUCUCAUGGUCGAAGGUUGUGUACUUUGCAAUCAGAGAAUUACCCGGCGUAAACGUGAAAGUACGUGUGAUUACUGCGCAUGCUGUCGCAGUCGUGAUCGAUGUGGCCGGUGCCGUUUACCUCUAUUGGAAUCAUGGUUGCCUUGACCAAGAUAUCGUCGGUUAAUGAAGAUGAAGAAGCGGGUGGGAUACACGAAGAGGAUAGCUGUGAGUCUGUGACAUUCUAGCACGUGUAGUGCCUUUUUAGUUGUUCAAUCAGAAUCGUUAACCUGAGAUUCCUGUGUGCUUUCUUCAGUCAUUUUCUGAUGUUCAAGCAACUGACAGAGUGAUGCAUAAUUCUGUUUGAUGUGGAUUCAGAGUUUUCCAUGGUACGUACAAUUGAAAUGAAUCUAAUGUCAAAUUAAAUUUGCCAGAGCAUGCAACAAGUUUCCCAAAAAACAUACUACUCCGCAGUAUAGUCAUCAUGGGCUCAUCGUGGUCAGCAGUUCAGAGAUUGCCGAUCGUUUCGGCUUCAGAAAUGGCGUGCAAAAGUUUAGUGCCAGUGGAAGGGGAUGAUGCUCCGUGCAAAAGCUUCCUCCUUGAUGCCACCUGCAAGAACAGGAGCACCAGCAUGGAUGUUCCCCCAACCCGCCAUUGCCUCCACCACUUUCACCGCACUCGCCAGCGGCAGCCGCGCUGCUGCGGCCGGCGCUCCCGCCGCCACGGACCCUUUCGCCAUCGCGAACGCCCUCUCCGCCGCCGCCGCCUCGGCUUCCACUUCCGCCGCGGCGCCACCGUCCACGUCCACUGGCACGCGGCUCCACGCGUCCGCCGUAAAGCUCGGCGUGUCCGCGGACACCUUCACCGCGAACCACCUCCUCAUCUACUACGCCAAGCGCGGGUGCCUCGCCAGCGCGCUGGACCUGUUCGACGAAACGCCGCGCCGCAACCUCGUCACCUGGACGGCCAUGGUGUCCGCCGCGGCGCGCGGCGGGGCGCCUGACCUGGGGCUCGCGCUCUUCUCCUCCAUGGUCAGGACCGGGUUCUGCCCCAACGAGUUCGCUCUCGCCAGCGCGCUCGGUGCUUGCUGUCAGUCCGUCGUGGUGGCUGACGUGAAGCUCGGCUGUUCCCUUCACGGCCUCGCUGUCAAAGCUGGCCUGGAUGGAAAUCCUUACGUUGGGAGCUCGCUGAUGCUGGUGUAUGCCAAGCACGGGCGUGUUGCUGCUGUGGAGCGAGUGUUUGCAGGCAUAGCUCCUGCUUCCAGAGACGUCGCGUGCUGGAAUGCGAUGCUGGAGGGCUAUGCCACCAAUGGCCGUGGGUAUGACGCGAUGAGGACAGUGGUUCUGUUGCACCGUUCUGGAAUGGCAGCUGACAUGUUCACCUACGUUUCGGCUGUCAAGGCUUCCUCGAUCACCUGCGACUUGAAUUUCGGGCGGCAGGUUCAUGGCCUCGUCAUCCACAGCGAGUUUGAGUCCAAUACUUCAGUGAUGAACACACUCAUGGAUAUGUAUUUCAAAGCAGGACAGAAGGAAGCUGCCGUUGGUAUCUUUGGUAAGAUUCAGUGGAAGGAUACUGUUUCUUGGAACACAAUGAUAUCAGGCCUCGCACACGAUGAGGAUGAGAGGGCAGCUGCGGACUGCUUUUUCGACAUGUCACGGUUUGGCUGCAAACCUAAUCAAGUAACGUUCUCUGUCAUGCUGAGGCUGAGUGGUGCUAAAGAGAGUGCCUCCCUCGGUCUUCAGAUCCUUGGACUUGCCUACCGCCAUGGCUACUCUGACAAUGUUCUUGUAGCAAAUGCAGUCAUCAACAUGCUCUCACAGUGUGGGCUGCUCGGCUGUGCUUAUGGCUUCUUCUGUAAUCUCAGUGUCAGAAACGUUGUGACAUGGAAUGAGAUGAUUGCAGGCUAUGGUCUGCACGGCUGUUCUGAAGAUGCAAUGAGGCUCUUCCGCAGCUUGGUUUGCUUCGGGGCAAGACCAGAUGAGUUCACCUAUCCAGCUGUUCUGUCUGCCUUCCAACAAGAUCAUGAUGCAAGGAACCAUGAGCAAAUCCACGCAUGUGUUCUGAAACAGGGGUUCGCUUCAUGCCAGUUCGUGUCGACCUCACUUAUCAAAGCAAAAGUCGCCCUUGGCUCAGUUCUAGAUCCACUGAAAAUCAUCGAGGAAGCUGGCAAGAUGGAUUUAGUAUCAUGGGGAGUCACCAUCUCUGCAUUCGUGAAGCAUGACUUGGAUAAAGAGGCCCUGUUUCUCUUCAACUUGUUCAGAGUUGACUGCCCAGAGAAGCCUGAUGAGUUCAUCCUGGGUACCAUCCUGAAUGCCUGUGCAAACGCUGCAUUGAUUAGGCAGUGCAGGUGCAUCCAUGCGCUCGUUGUCAGGACAGGGCACAGCAAGCACUUCUGUGUAUCGAGUGCUUUGGUUGAUGCCUAUGCAAAAUGCGGUGAUAUCACAGCUGCCAAAAGCGCUUUCUAAGUUUCAUCGAUAACCAAGGACGCCAUACUAUACAACACCAUGCUGACAGCUUGUGCCAACCAUGGUCUGAUCCAUGAAGUCCUCAGCCUCUACCAAGAUAUGACACAGCUUCAGUUGGCUCCAACACCAGCUACGUUCGUUGCUGUCAUCUCAGCUUGCAGCCAUCUUGGGCUAGUCGAGCAGGGGAAGCUUCUGUUCAGCUCCAUGCUGUCUGCGCAUGGCAUGAAUCCGACAAGGGCCAAUUACGCGUGCUUGAUUGACCUGCUGGCGCGAAGAGGGCUCCUUGAAGAAGCAAAAGGCGUUAUCGAGGCAAUGCCGUUCCAGCCAUGGCCUGCAGUAUGGAGGUCACUGAUGAACGGUUGCCGGAUCCAUGGGAACAAAGAACUUGGUCUGCUUGCAGCAGAACAGAUCCUAAGAAUGGCACCAAACAGUGAUGGCGCAUAUGUGUCGCUGUCACAUGUCUAUGCUGAAGAUGGAGAUUGGCAGUCUGCAGAGGACACCAGGCGGAAGAUGGCUGAGAAUCAAGUGCAGAAGGCGCAAGGUUACAGCAGUGUUGAGAUCUAGCCAUUCAGAAAUGUUUUGUUAAUAGAGUACCAGGGGUUGUUGAAAUACUUCAGGGGUAGCCGAGUAACGGCACUUUGUGUUGAAGCGAAUGUAAAUAGUGAAAUGCUUUUUUUUGCCGGGCAUUUUGAUAACAAACUGCCACACACAAUUACUCCUGAAAAUAGGUUAACUGCCGUUUGGGCAUUUGGUGCACAAUCCUUGCUAGUGCAGAAAAGGAUACUGCUCUGUUUGUUUUUUACGUUCAUAAUUUGACAUAAGAGAAAGAGAAAUUAAAAUAAUGAAUAACAUCAUUUAAGCAACCAUCCAGUGGCCAAGUGGAGAUUUGGAUCGGCUACCUCAAAUUCAUUGCACAUGUAAGCAAAGGUCACCAAUAUGACAGGGAAAACCUGACCAAAUACAACCGGCUAAUGAUA